CGUCACGGAGCGAAACGCCAUUAGACUGAUGAUCGCAGAGAUCCGUCAGGAGUGAAUCAGGUUUUAAUAGAGGGUAGGCGCAUAAAGUGCGUGUGAAGCGCACAUCAGCGAUUCUUUGGUGUAUUGCGUUCAUAAGCGAGUCUCUAUGGCUGCUGUGAUCGGUUAGAGGCUUGGAUCAGGCGUUGUAUUUCUGUCGGAGUUUUAGAGUUUGAGCAUGGCGGCGGCUGGAGGGAAGACGUACUCGUUCAAGGUGGUGUUGCUGGGGGAGGGAUGCGUCGGAAAAACAUCGUUGGUGCUGCGAUACUGCGAGAACAAAUUCAACGACAAGCACAUAACUACUCUACAGGCAUCAUUCCUCACAAAGAAGCUCAACAUCACAGGGAAGAGAGUAAAUCUGGCUAUAUGGGACACAGCUGGUCAGGAGCGUUUCCAUGCACUUGGACCCAUCUACUACAGAGACUCAAACGGAGCCAUUCUGGUGUAUGACGUCACAGAUGAGGACUCGUUUCAGAAGGUGAAAAAUUGGGUAAAAGAAUUAAAGAAAAUGUUGGGGAAUGAAAUCUGUUUAUGUAUAGUUGGCAAUAAAAUUGACCUGGACAAAGACAGACAUGUUUCGGUUGAAGAGGCAGAAGGGUAUGCAGAGUCAGUGGGUGCAAAACACUAUCACACAUCAGCCAAAUUAAACAAAGGAAUAGAGGAGCUGUUUCUGGACUUGUGUAAACGUAUGAUGGAGAGUGCUCAGGCAGAUGAGAGAUUGAGGGGGAACGGAGCGAAUCACACGAGCACACGAGCAAGAGGCGUUCAGAUCGUCGACGACGAACCACAAGCUGCCAUCGCCGCCGGAGGCUGCUGUUCAUCCGGCUAAACUCAAUGAACCCUUUUACCUGGGACUGAUAAUGCCCCGUUCUGUGUACAAACUGCCACUUGCCACAGCUACACACAUACGCUACAGUGCUGUCAUUUAACAGUUUGGUCCUUAGUGAAACAGUUGAUUUAAAAACUCUUGACUUUAGGGUAUGAAAAUGCCUGAUUGCCCCACACUGACGAUAAAUUCAUAUUAAUUACAAAACAAAUAGCUACCAAAUGCCCGGUCUUCUAAAACAAACAUACACUGAUAUAUUUCCCGAAUUAUCUGAUGCGUUUGCGCUUUUUCUUUUGCCAAGGUGUUGUGCAUGUAGAAUCUUUAAUAUCCUCGUUUUGUUUUACGUCAAAGAAAAAAAAAAAAGAGAAUCUUUAUUAUUUAAUAACUUAUUUACAAGUUAUAUCAAACAUCUACAUGUCUAAAGACCUUUGUACUUGUAUUAAUCAAUGGGCUUUUGUCAUUCUCAUACAGUCCCGUUCUGUCAUUCAAAUCUUCUGUAUCUUUCUUAAAAAUAAGAAAUUAAAAACCAUCUAGAACAUUUAAACUACUUGUAGAUUUUGUCUUUCUCUUUCUCUCGCUGAUUUACCACUAUAAUUUGGGGGUGGCGGGGGGGGGAUCAUGUUGUUUGCUUGCAAAAUUCCAAUAGGGAAAAAUAUUCAAUAUUGUGUACUUUUUCAAGCGAUCAAAAACAACACCGUGAAACAGAAAGGUGUUGGGUAUUCAUGUGGUAUGAAUGUACAGUUAAUUAUAACUGCUGUGGUUGACACUUAUUUUUGGAUUUGUGUUUUUUAACUGCUACUUUUACAAUGAAUGUUAAAUAUGUGGGUUUUUGUUUUCAAGCCCUAAAUAUUUGGACCGUUUGUUUAAAGUAUGAAUAGUUUCACAUCAUCACCUGUAACAUUGAGGUGCAGCUCUCAGCCGACUGUGCCUUUAAAUAAAACCGUCUAGAUUGACCAAUU